CAAGGUCAGUGGCGACUGCGGUGCGGCGAGACCAAAUCCUGAUAUGCUGUACACGCAUUGACCGGGACGCUGAAUCCUCGCCAUCGAAGAGAAGCGUGGAUACCUGGCGGCAUUGUCUUUGCCCUUCAUCUAGAUUCUAGGUUCAGGACCCGCGAAGAUUUGAAAGUCACGGCAAUCGUCAACUCCUCCCACAAUCAGGCUGCAUCGACAGUCAUUUUUUCCAACUGGAACCCUGCUCGAUCGAUCGCAGUGUAUAUUGUUAGAAUUUUGUUUCAGAGUGCGCGGAAUUUUGGGGGAAUCGGACACGGUGGAAUCGCGCUCUCGCGCAAACCCUAGUACGAGGGCAGAGCUUAGUGUGAUUCAUAGCAAUGGGGGUAGGGAAGAGAGCACGGAACCCUGUGCAGACCGCGGUAUGGUGGGUAAAGAAGCAGCCUCCGAAAGUGAAAGCCGCUCUGGGAGUAUUGAUAGGCAUUAUGACGCUCAUUUUUUUGCGAUUUGUUAUUCGCGAUCACGACAAUCUUUUCUUGGCUGCUGAAUUUGUUCAUGCUGUCGGCAUUGGUUGUCUUAUUUAUAAGCUUAUGAAGGAGAACUCUUGUUCUGGUCUAUCACUCAAGUCUCAGGAGCUUACUGCCAUAUUUUUGAUGGUGCGGCUCUAUUGUAGCCUGGUGAUGGAGUUCGAUAUUCAUACUCUUCUGGAUUUCCUCACAUUCCUCACUACUGCGUGGGUGAUUUAUAUGAUGCGGUUUAAGCUUAAGGCUACUUCCUCGGAGGACCUCGACAAUCUUCCCACAUACUAUGUGCUGGGUCCAUGUGCAGUAAUGGCCAUUUUGAUACAUCCAGGCACAUCUCACCAUAUUAUCAAUCGUGUAUUGUGGGCAUUCUGUGUUUACUUGGAAGCAGUGUCUGUCAUGCCGCAGCUUCGUGUUAUGCAGAACACCAGGGUUGUUGAGCCUUUCACAGCCCACUACGUCUUUGCUCUAGGUAUUGCCCGAUUUCUGAGUUGUGCUCACUGGAUUCUUCAGGUGCUGGACGGCCGCAGCUUCCUGCUUAAUGUACUGGGCUAUGGCCUAUGGCCCGGAAUGGUUCUUCUCUCGGAGAUUGUGCAAACAACUAUAUUGGCAGAUUUUUGCUAUUACUAUGCAAAAAGUGUAAUGGACGGCCAGAUGAUGGUGCGGCUUCCUUCUGGUGUAGUGUAGGUCUGUUGUGACAAGGCCACUUAAAUGUAUAAGUAAAAUCAGAGCCCCAGGGUACAAAUGAUGGUUUAACUUUCUCUUUUGUACCAGGUUUUCAUUCUAGUUUAAGCCCUCUUCUACGGUUAUGGUUUCAGGGCCCAUACAAGCUCUUACGGUUUCAGUUAUCUGAUCUGUGAGGAUUGUAUAAUGGAGGUGCUCAUCUUCGUGUGCCGACUCCUUCAGUUGGCUGUACAGCAGUUGUCAGUUGCAUCAAACAGAAUUGAGAAGAUUAUUGUCAUUCUGUUUGUGUCCAAGGAUCUGCGUGAUGUGUUGUGCAAUUGAACUUAGGUACCUUUUGGUGA